AUGUUCUUAAAAAUUAAUUGUUUUCCUAUCCAUUUAGGUGUUAUAGGCUUCCUCUCAUUUUGGAAUGUCAAACUCGACCCGAUCUCAAUGAUAACUCUAAUCCUUGCAAUCGGCUUUUCAAUAGAAUUCAGUGCGCAUGUAACCUAUGGAUUUGUUAGCGGCCCUGCUGAUUUAAACCCACGUGAACGUUGUAUUGAUACUCUAGAAAAAUUGGCUUGGCCGAGUGAGUUUGUUGAUAUUUUUGGGAUUAAAAACCAAUUAGCUUGGAUAUUGUUAAAGAUUGAGCUUCAUAUUAAAAUUUUCCUAUUAAUAUCCUUCAAUAAUGAUAUCCUUCAAAAUGGAUAUUGA